AAAAAAAAAAAAGAAUUUGAAGUGAAUUUUUUUAAAACAUCUGAACUGCGUUAAAGUUAAAGGAAAUUCCGAGCAGAGCUGUACAAUGUUCAACGGUUCAUCGCAUUCACAAUCACAUUCAAAAUAAUCUACAAGCACAAUCGCUCACACAAGCGAACAGAUUCAAAGUUCAAGCAGCAUCCGAGAGUGACUCAGAGGAAAUUCUAGAACCAUGUCGUGGAUGGCCUUUGGAGCGAUUGCCUCCGGCUUUGUUCUUCAGCGCCUGCUGGGCGGUGAUCAGCCGCCGAACAAGGUUUUGGAAAUAAAAAGCGAAUCCCUGGGCACGCUCCAGGUGCUGCAUCGCGAUGAUGCCAUGAUGCUCUUUGCGCCGCCCUACAACAGCAGCGACAAGCGACCCGUUUACGAGAUUGUGCUGCAGCGUCCCACCUCGGACUCGAACACCUCGUCCUUCAGUCUGUACCGCUCGCCGCAGCAGCAGGAGGCCGAGGAGAAGUACUAUGCAUUCUAUCAACGUCUGCCAAUGUUUGUCAGCAUAGUCAAGGAGUUCUACAAUGUCAAUGGCCUGCAGAAGACCUGCGAUGUACUUACGGAGAAUCCCUCGUGGACACUCGCCCAUCUGGUGGCCUACUUCAAUCUGGUCGAAUACAUUAGCAAUCCCAAAGUGCUACAGUGCGUGGACACGGCCGAUCACACCUCCCUCGUGUCGCCCUUUCAGCUGGCCAUCAAGCAGGGUCACAUGGAAAUGGUCAAGGCAUUGCUGCCGCUGAGCAAAUUGGAGCACUUGGACAUCAACAGCAAUUCGGUGUUCCACUACGGAGCCAGCACCACCAAGGAGAUCAUCAAUCUCCUCACUGACAAGAGCACCGUGAACCUCAAUCACCUCAAUUCGGAUGGGUACACGCCGCUGCAUGUGGCCUGCGUCACGGACAAGCCGGAGUGUGUGAAGGCGCUGCUGCUGGCCGGCGCCGAUGUUAAUUUGAAUGCCAAAAACAUUACCAAGCUGCACAAGACAUCGACACCCACCUCAGUGGCAUCGUUUUUGCGCACCAACGCCAGCAAGCUCUACACACAGGACAUGAAGUAUGGCGGCACACCGCUGCACUGGUGCUCCUCACGCGAAACCCUCCACGCCCUCAUCAUGGAGGGCUGCGACGUCAACUCCACCAACUUUGAUGGUCGCACGGCCCUGCACGUGAUGGUGGCCAGAAAUCGCUUCGAGUGCGUCGUCACGCUGCUCGCCCAUGAUGCAGACAUCGAUGUGCUCGACAAAGAGGGCAACUCGGCGCUGCACAUUGCCAUCGAGAAGAAGCUGGUGCCGAUUGUCCAGUGUCUGGUGGUGUUUGGCUGCGACAUCAAUCUGAAGAAUAAGGAUGGCAAAACCCCACGGCACAUGGUGGGCAACGAUGCGAGUGGCAACAAGGAGGACGAGAUACUCUACAUCCUCCAUUCGGUGGGCGCUAAACGCUGCACCGAAACUGGCUCCAAGUGUCCGCCCGGCUGCAAUGCCAAGGGCACGUACAACGGCAUACCGCCAGAGGCGCCCGAAUCGGUGGAGCAGCGUGAACAUAUCGAGAAUAUGCUGGCCACCACCAGCCGUCAAAUGGUUGGCAAUUUCCUGGGCGCAGCAGCCAAUGGAUUGAUGGAAAAACAGAUGCCGCCACCACAGGUGCCCGUGGUGGUCGAUACGGAGAAGGAACUUAAGGGUCAGAGCAUCAUGGACGCUCUGCUGGGCAUGUUCACGACCAAAGUAAAUGCCGACGAGCUGAAGAAAGACGCAUCAUCGGGCAGUUUGGCCAACAAAGCGGCCACACCAGCCUCCAGCCCGGAGCAGCUGCCAUCACCGACGUCGCCCAUUGCUGCGGAGGUGGGCGAUAAACCCUAUGGACGCGGACGUCUACUCUGCCUGGAUGGCGGCGGCAUACGUGGCCUGGUGUUGGUACAAAUGCUGCUCGAAAUCGAGAAGCUCUCGCGCACACCCAUCAUACACAUGUUCGACUGGAUUGCCGGCACGAGCACGGGCGGCAUUCUUGCGCUGGGUCUGGGCUGUGGCAAGACAAUGCGCCAGUGCAUGGGCCUCUAUCUGCGCAUGAAGGAGCAGUGCUUCGUGGGCUCUCGGCCCUACGCCAGUGAAUACUUCGAGACCAUCCUUAAGGAUAAUCUCGGCGAGUUCAAUGUUAUGACAGACAUCAAGCAUCCAAAGAUUAUGGUCACCGGUGUGAUGGCGGACCGCAAGCCCGUCGAUUUGCAUCUCUUCCGCAACUAUACCAGUGCCAGCGAUAUCCUGGGCAUAGUCACAUCCAUAACCAAUCGUCGCAUUCCACCGCCUCCGCCGCACGAGCAGCUGGUGUGGCGCGCGGCGCGCGCUACUGGCGCUGCUCCAUCGUAUUUCCGCGCUUUCGGACGCUUCCUGGAUGGCGGUCUCAUUGCCAACAAUCCCACGCUGGAUGCCAUGACCGAAAUACACGAAUACAACAUGGCGUUGCGCAGCUCGGGCCGUGAGGCGGAGGCCAUACCCGUUUCUGCGGUGGUUUCACUCGGCACCGGCCACAUACCCGUCACCGAGCUCAAAGACAUCGAUGUGUUCCGGCCGGAGAGCAUUUGGGACACCGCCAAGCUGGCCUAUGGAAUAUCCACAAUUGGCAAUCUACUUGUGGACCAAGCCACCUGCUCCGAUGGACGUGUGGUGGAUCGUGCCCGCGCCUGGUGCAGUACCAUUGGCAUACCCUACUUCCGGUUCAAUCCACAGCUGAGCGAGGACAUUGCCAUGGAUGAGAAGGAUGACCAGAAGCUGAUCAACAUGCUGUGGCACACCAAGGCCUACAUGCACGCCAACCGCAACAAGAUCAUUGAGAUGAUUAACUUCCUGAAAUAGCGCGCAAGACGGAUUUAGACCGCACAGUCCCACCUCUAGAGAUGGCUAGAUAUGUGUUUCCAAACUGUUUCCACUGUUCUCUCUGUGUAUUGUAUUGUAAUGUAUGCAUGUUUCGAGUCCCUUUUUUGCGUUCUAGCACUAGUUCGCGGUCUAAAUCCACGCCCCACAUCUCACAUCCCCAUACAUUAACACACACUCACCAAACACUCCGCCCGCCCAACCAAAGAACUUGUGUGUUGUCUUACCCAACACUGUUCUGGACAAGUAACGGUACAAUAAUGCUGAUUCCGUUGGUUUCGCUUCAUCGACGAGGCUUUAACUCCAGGACUAGCCCAACAAAAUACGCUUUGAAUGUUGUGUUAUUGGUAGAAUCCAAGUGGAAAUGUGUUUUUAUUUAAAUUAGUUUCGAAACCUUUUACUUUUGUAUUAUUGCCCGUUUACUGUAUGUACAUCUCCACGCAUUACCCUCUAUCAUCAUCUGCUCCAAUUGAAUUGUGAGCUGCAAAGUACUUUGAUGGGAAAACAUUCCGUGGCGCUUUAUUUGUAAAUUCAUAUGUAAUUGAGCACGAAUUUUAAAUACAACUUUUUAAGUGUUUAAA